AGUUCUUUAAUUUGAAUUGUAAGCACAAACAAUUAAAAAGGAAUAAUUUCGAUAUGAAGCUAAAUUCACACAUAAUAUCUAUUUUGGUCUUUUUUUCUCAAACAUGUUUGAGUACAGCAAGUUAUUAUACACGAGGCGUUAUUCAUAAGGGGGAAAUCGUUGGAAGAAAAAGAAAUGCUCUGAUGGGGGAAUGUGUGGUAUACUGUAACAAACUGAAUGCAUCUCCAGCUAUGACGAAGCGAAACGAGAAAGGAUUGGUAGACUGUACGUGUGUCGGGUAUGGUGAGGAUGGAGGGAGUUUUGAAGUUUUCAAAGGUGAGGUUUUAUUUUCACUCCUAUAGAGCUAAAGAAUGUCGAACCAAAUUAUUGAAGAAACAAUAUAAUCGUCAACUAGAUAAAAUUUUGUCCUACUGUCGUACAUAUUUUUGUUUGGUAAGGAUUCUUGCUUUUUAUUAAACACCUUUUUUUAAUUUUGUACUUUUUUUUUUGUUAAUCUUUAUUAAUCUUUAUUUAGGUAACUAUGUGCUUAUCUUAUACUUAAAAUUUUGCUUAGCAUUUUUUAUGCUUCUUUUUUUCUCUUCAUUUAAUAUUAUUGGAAAAGUAGGUCACUAAGUGGAGUGGGGAGGAUGCUAACGAAGAGAACACCAUAUAGAGAGGGCAAAACAUGUUUAAGCAGUUUCUUUGUUGUUUAAAAUACUUCCUGACAAAUACAAUUUUAGGGAAAAAAGGAAAGAGAAAGUUAUCUUUCAAACUUAAAAUGUUUUCUAUAGGCUUCGACAGUAUUUUCACAAGAGAAAUUGAAGCAACAACAACAACAACACUACCACCACCACCACCACCAACAACAACAACAACAACAACAACAGCAGCAGCAGCAACGACAACAACAGCUCCGAUUGGUGUAGUAACAAGUUGUACCAACAUCGGUGGAAAUAAUUUAGCGCUUAACCAACCUGCAACACAAUCUGCGACAUAUUUAAGUUACUAUCCAGAAAGAGCAUUUGACGGUAGUUCAUCCACCUAUUCAGCUACACCACGUGCUUCGCUUUCAUGGCUGAAAGUACAGUUGGCAACACUAUCCAACAUCACAAGAGUAAACUUGCUCCCACAACUCGAUAUAACCAAUGGGAUAAUAACAAUUGCAAGAUCUUCAGAUAUGACGCAGCAAGCAGUAAAUUUUAUGAACGUAGCUAGCCUUGGUUCUGGAAUUUGUAUGUCUUAUCCCUGUCAGGGAGGCGUUUUGGGAACGUUCGUUCAAAUUAGUAUUACAAACGGAGCUCUUUUGGCGAUUAGAGAAAUGAAAGUUAUCGGAUUUCCAGUUUAAUAUCCGGUAGAGUCUAUGUCAUUGUAUAUUGAUCUAAAUUGUACUUUCGAUCAUCACGUUUACACGUCUUUUCAAAUAAGCAUCUAAGAAACUUUAACGAAAUUUGGCUAAUAAAUACGAAACACUAGCUCUCGAAUGUUUAUCGAAGAAAACAACGCAAGACGCCGAAACACGUUUUUAAUGAUCCAGCGAAACAGAACAGUCAAAGGAGAAAGUGCUUGAGGAACACUUCAGUAAUGUGAGUUCUGAUAUGAUAACAGAAGAGACAAAGACGUUCAUUAUCGUUUCUAUCUUUUGCAUUGCAGCAACUGGCGCCACUAUUUGUUUAUUUGUGUAUUUGUUUGUGUGGAAAAAUGGAACCAAUCUUCUAAAACUAGGUCAACCUAACUAUUUCGGAACAGACCUAAUCACGUCAUUAAUAAAACAUUAUACGCUGAUAUCUCUGCAACCGUUUGUUAAAAGCACGCGAUCUUAUACAUCUUCUUGAUCAGCGUUUCAAACUCUACACAUAAACGCAAUCCUUCUUACCCGUUCGUUGAAAGUACAUUCCCUACGGAUUUUUUUGCAGCUUUUCUAUAUGUAGCCAUUAGUACCGACAGAGUAAUUUUAAAUCUGGCU